AUGUCUUUUUUUGGGUUCGAAACCGGUCCUCCGGGCCAAAAUAAGGGCUCCAAAGGAGACAAUCGAAAAAAGGCCGGUAACCAUAAAAGUAAGAGUCCUGAUGCCGCAAUGGAUUUCGAAGACACGUACCGAGGCUUUGGGGGGUAUGAAAAGGAGGAAGACGACUAUUUGAAUGACGAGACGUUUGGCAAUGCAACUGAAAUGGGUGCCGAUUUCGAUUUUGGCUAUGGAAAAGGUGAACUAGACGCUGCUGGCCAUACAAACGUUGCAAACCAGCCCAGUGCUAGCCUCAAUCGCUCUUAUGCAUCUGCGGCGGCUUCUACUGGGCCCGAAGCUCCGGUCUCUGUUUAUCACGACGAGGGAAUGGACUUCACUCCGAUGGAAUCACUAUGGACGAAUCAGGCUCUGGUUCCACCACCUCAGCAGUACCAGCAACAGCACCAGGUUCUUUCAAUGGAGGAAAUUGAAAGGCUGCAACACCAGCAGCAAUCCCAACACGGGUAUGCUGGUGGCAUGCCUCCUCCACCACCUCCAGGAUAUGGCUACCCACCGCAACCUUUUAUGCCACAGGCUGGUUAUCAGGGUAUGCCCCAGGGAAUGCCUCAAGGCUUAUCCCAAGGACUUCCUCAAGGUUUGCCCCAAGGCUUGCCACAAGGUAUGCCUCAAGGUAUGCCCCAAGGAAUGCCCCAUGGCCUCUCAAUUCCGAUGCCGGUACCUUUGCCUAUGUCAGGUCUUCCCCAGCAUUAUUCGGAACCACCUCACGUCUUGCAGCACCAACAGCCUACUGCAGCGACCCAACAAUCGGCUCAAUCGUCUUUCUUGGGACCUAGUGCUUCGCAGUCACCGGACUUGAGCCAACAAUCGGCUACACCUCCAGCGCAAGCGCCUAUGACGAAGUCUCCCGUUUCGUCAAUGCCUAGCGCCGUUUCCCAGAUUCCCAAGCCAGCAAGGGCAUCUGGCUCUAGAGGUCAGCUUGCUUCCGAGCAGGACUCUCGUGAGAGUACUCCAAGAGGCGUUCGCCGUGGUUCGAUGCGUAAAAUGCAAGAGACAUUGAGUCCUGAGGAAAUCAAAAAGCUUCAAAUUCGUCAGGCUAAGGUCGAUAAAAUUCUUAGACAUAGCGGUGUGAUGACACCAAGAGACAAAGAUUUUAUCACCCGUUACCAAUUGUCUCAAAUUGUCACGGACGAUCCGUACAACGAGGAUUUCUAUUUCCAAGUCUACAAGAUUAUUCAACGUGGCGGUAUUGUUGGAGAAUCCAACAAGGGCUUAAUUGCUCGCGCCUAUCUAGAACAUUCAGGUCACCGUUUGGGCGGUCGUUACAAGCGCGCCGACGUUGCUUUACAGAGGAUGCAAAGUCAGGUCGAAAAAGCUGUUACUGUGGCAAAGGAAAGGCCUAACAAAAGCCGUGAAAAUCUGGAAAGCGCGAAGGAAGGGGUUUUGGGCAAAAUCUCAUCUGUGAGAAACAGCAAAGCGCCAAGAAGACAACUACAAAUUCCUCUACAAAAGGGUGACGACGAGGAAAUCGAGUCUUCGGCCAUCGAAGACGUGGUUCAGAGUAUGAAUGGAGUCGAUCUCUCGGCUUCUUCAAAGGCGAGAAGACGCUCCUCUUAUGCCUUCCGUUCUGUUGAUCAACGUGCCGUUCUCUCGCGUUCCGGUGGUAGAAAGUUUGUUUUGUCUCUAAUCGAGACAGUUUAUGCCGAAGUUUUGGAGCUCGAAGCCCAACUCAGAAGCGGCAAAGACACGGAUAGCACCGAUUUGUGGGAAGCUCUGCACAUCGCCGACGAUGCUUAUGAGGUGUCCCCAUUCAUUUCCAUUUUGUCUUUUGACAAAGGUGUGAAGAUCAUGCCUCGAAUUUUCAAUUUCUUGAACAAGGACCAGAAACUGAAGCUAUUGUAUUGUUUUUUCAGCGAGUUGUCGCACUUAAACAUCAUCGUUACUAGUUCCUACAAGACAAACCCAGAUCCAACAGACACACAGCUCAAAAAGUUAGAGCUGUUCCAGUCCGUAUUCCUCAAGAUCAUCGUAUCGUUUUUGUCAAGCUCUGCAGAGUUUGUUGAGGUACUAGGACUACUUCUGGCUCUAGUGAAAAACAACAAUGUAUCUUUCAUCAGCACCUCUAAGAUCGGAUUGAAUCUCAUCACUGUGCUCAUAUCUCGAGCAGCGCUUAUCAAACAGGAUGUUAGCAGAGGGAACGUACUCUCGUCAAUGGAAGCUUCUUCCUGGAAUGAAAUUUACGACAAGCUGUUCACGGCUCUGGAAACAAAGCUUGCGGUAGUCUUCCCUCCCGACGAAUAUACUUCUAAGGUUGUUGCUGCAUCUUCUGCUGGCACGCUCACAUCUGCAACCGCUGGUCAAUCCGUGAAGCACCAAUUUUACGACCAAUCUUAUAUUUGGCAAUUUUUGGCAUCGUUGGCCCUCAGUGGAAAACUGAAUCAUCAAAGGGUAAUCAUCGAUGAGAUAAGAGAGGAGAUUUUUGGUACUAUCAAUAGAGCGGAACAACUGAUGUCUUCCUUGCCCACAGAAGAGCAACAGAUUGGUCUGUACCAGCGUGAUAAACUGUACCAGGAUUUGAACUUGUUUUUGAACGUCAUGGGUUUAGUUGCUCGCGACGGAGAAAUAAGCGAGCUCAAGUGA